CCCCAACAUUACGGUAGUCAUCAUAAAGCAGCGACGUGACGUAUCAAAAAAAGCGACGCGCCUCAAUUUGUUGUCGUUCUCAGCGGGAACUAAACUCACCGAAGUGAAUGGAUACUUCUAUGUAAUCACAACGCAGACAUGUUCCACAACAGCUCCCAGAAGAAAUACUGGAUCUUCCCCAGUGAGGUCGAGGUGGAGCACAGGAGAAGUAAAGCGAACCAGAAAGUCCGCAGCAAGAUACUGGAGAGUGUGAAGAAGGGGGUCAGUGACUCCAUGUUCCUGGAGCGUCAUGAGGAAGACGUGUUAUUCAGACACUAUGAGAAGAGGCUGCUGGAUUUCUGCAACGUCUUCAAACCGGUCAUGCCCAAGUCUGUGGUGGGUACAGCCAUCAUGUACUUCAGAAGAUUCUACAUGAACAACUCCAUCAUGGAGUACCACCCUCGGAUUAUCAUGCUCACGUGUGCAUACCUGUCCUGCAAGGUGGAUGAGUUCAACGUGUCCAGCACCCAGUUUGUGGGGAACCUUGUGCAGGAGAGCCCAGCAGGACAGGAACGAGUCCUGGAGCAGAUCCUGGAGUUCGAGCUGCUGCUAAUCCAGCAGCUCCACUUCCACCUGGUGGUCCACAACCCUUACAGGCCCAUGGAGGGUCUGCUCAUCGACAUCAAGACGAGAUACCCCACGCUGGAGAAUCCAGAGUCACUGAGGAAGAAUGCGGACGACUUUCUGACACAGGCCGCCAUGACAGAUGCAGGGCUGCUGUUCCCCCCCUCUCAAAUCGCUCUGACAGCUAUUCUGAACAGCGCCUCCAGAGCCAGUCUCAGCAUGGAGAGCUACCUGAACGAAUGUCUGGGACUGAAAGGGGACAAAGAGUCUCUGUCAAAGAUGUACGACUCAAUGAGACGGAUGAAAACCCUCCUGAAGAAGUAUGAACUUCCCAAAGCGGAGGAGGUGAACGUUUGCAAACAGAAGCUGGAGAGGGUUCACGCUGAAUUUGGCAUCUCAAGCAACAAACGAAAGAGAGGAUACGAAGAAGACGGCCACGUAGCUAAAGAAGCCCGUUUGGCAGAAGAGGAGGAGUGGACAGAUGAAGACCUGGUAUGAGCUCCUUGUGGCUGUAGGAUCAUUUGCACUUUUCUACUUGAGCUGCCAAUGACCAAAACACAAUGUCACAAACAGUGCGCAUGUCAUUUACUUUCCCGCAUGACACUGCAGUAAAUCUUUUGGGUUUGCAUUUGUUCUCCAUUAAGAAUAAAGAUAUUUUUCUACAAA